UGGAGGACUUGUUCCUCAGAAGAAGAGGAUUCAAGCGGCCUAUAUAUAUAUAUAUCGAAUUUUUUUUUUACAUUCUUUCUGACAUCUCCUGGUUAUCCAUCGAGUGGCUACCUUGCAACGUGGACAAGUGAACAAUGUCCCAGCUGUACUACAAGAAGACAGACAGCUCCUCAUACUGCGACCGCAUCCCCCUGCGCAUCGUGCGGGCCGAGUCGGAGCUCUCGGCCCUGGAGAGGGCCUACCUCGGGGCGGUGGGCAAGGGCGACUACGCCACGGUGAAGGAGGCCCUGGAGGAGGCUGAGAUCUACUUCUGCAUCAACAUUGACUGCGUGGACUCUCUGGGGCGCACUGCGCUGCUCAUUGCCAUCGAGAACGAGAACCUGGAGAUCGUGGAGCUGCUGCUCAGCUAUAACGUGCAUGUGGGCGACGCCCUGCUGCACGCCAUCCGCAAGGAGGUGGUGGGCGCCGUCGAGCUGCUGCUCAACCACAAGAAGCCCAGUGGUGAAAAACAGCUCCCACCCAUUCUGCUGGACAAACAGUUUUCGGACUUUACCCCUGACAUCACUCCGAUCAUCCUGGCAGCCCACACCAACAACUACGAGAUCAUCAAACUACUUGUGCAGCGAGGCGUCUUCAUACCUCAGCCGCACGCCGUGCUGUGCGACUGCCUGGAGUGCGUGUCCAGUUUGGACGUGGACGGCCUGCGCCACUCGCACUCCCGCCUCAACAUCUACAAGGCAUUGGCCAGCCCGUCGCUAAUCGCCCUGUCCAGCGAGGACCCGUUCCUCACGGCCUUUCAGCUCAGCUGGGAGCUGAAGGAGCUCAGCAGGGUGGAGAACGAGUUCAAGUCAGAGUAUGAGGAGCUGUCGCAUACGUGUAAACAAUUUGCAAAGGACCUCUUGGACCAGACCAGGAGCUCCAAGGAGCUGGAAAUCAUCCUUAACUACCGUGAUGACAUCAACCCACUGCUGGAUGAGAACACUAACGAUCUGACGCGGGUCAAAUUGGCUAUCAAAUACUGCCAGAAAGAGUUUGUCGCCCAGCCCAACUGUCAGCAGCUGCUGGCCUCCCGGUGGUAUGAUGAGAUCCCGGGCUGGAGGAGGCGUCACUGGGCAGUCAAGCUCAUCACGUGCAUACUCAUCGGGCUCCUCUUCCCCCUGUUAUCCAUCUUAUACUUGGUCUCUCCGAAAAGCCGUUACGGCUUAUUCAUCCGCAAGCCCUUUAUCAAGUUCAUCUGUCACGCCGCUUCCUACUUGACAUUCCUGUUCCUGCUCCUCUUGGCAUCGCAGCACAUCGAAGCCCCGCAGCGUGACCUUCAGGGCCCGGCACCAACCGUUGUGGAAUGGAUGAUCUUACCCUGGGUCAUCGGGUUCAUCUGGACAGAGAUCAAGCAGAUGUGGGAUAGCGGUUUCCAAGACUACCUGGACGACUGGUGGAACAUAAUGGACUUCAUUAUGAACGCAUUGUAUCUCGCAACCAUUUCCCUGAAGAUUGUUGCCUAUUCAAAGUAUAGCGGGCACAAACCCCGAUGCAGCUGGGAAAUGUGGCACCCGACCCUAAUAGCCGAGGCGUUGUUUGCCAUCGCCAAUAUCUUCAGCUCCCUGCGCCUCAUCUGCCUUUUCACCGCCAAUUCCCAUCUGGGCCCGCUGCAAAUCUCGCUGGGCCGCAUGCUCCUCGACAUCCUGAAGUUCCUCUUCAUCUACUGUCUGGUGCUGCUGGCCUUCGCCAACGGCCUCAACCAGCUCUACCUUUACUACGAAACCGACGAGGGCAGCAACUGCAAGGGUAUUCGUUGCAUGCAGCAAAACAACGCGUUCUCGACGUUAUUCGAGACACUGCAGUCGUUAUUCUGGUCUGUGUUUGGCCUCAUUUCCCUGUAUGUGACACGAGUAAAGCCGGACCACGAAUUCACGGAGUUUGUUGGAACCACCAUGUUCGGCACGUACAACAUCAUCUCCCUGGUUGUGCUGCUGAACAUGCUAAUUGCCAUGAUGAACAACUCGUACCAGCACAUUGCCGAUCAUGCGGAUAUCGAGUGGAAAUUUGCCAGAACUAAAUUAUGGAUGAGCUACUUUGAAGAGGGAGGAACUUUGCCAUCUCCGUUCAACAUAAUACCCAGUCCCAAGUCAUUUUAUUAUCUGACAGGAUGGAUACAAGCGCGCGUAUUUCGGAGGCCAAGCUUAAAAAGACUCGCAACCUUUGAAAGUUUGGGGAGGCGUGCAGCAGACAAUGUCAGACUAAACCACGAGUAUCAGGAGGUUUUAAGAAACCUAGUAAAGAGGUAUGUCGCGGCAAUGAUCAGAGACGCCAAGACAGAAGAAGGCUUGACUGAGGAAAACUUCAAGGAGCUCAAGCAGGACAUCUCCAGCUUCCGCUAUGAGGUGCUGGGAAUGAUGAAGGGCAAAUCGCAAGGCCGAGGCUCUGGGAAAGCAGCGAGCUCCCCUUUUGCUUACCAGGGAAACUCCUUCAAGUACUCCCCUAAGUGGUGCACGGAGGAGUCACAACAGAGGCUGGAAGUGUUUGACCUGACCACCAAUAGGUCGAGUGGAGCUGCCAACACAAGCCGCAGUCCGACCAAUAGCUGCGUUGUCCCGGCGACUACUGCAAAAAAACACUUUGACGACGUCCCCCAGCAGAGACACUCCGGAAUGCCCUCUCAGAACUGCAAUGAAACCAAGUCAAAGUCUGAGAAGGCCUCGAAGAGUUCGGAAACCGCCAGAGGACGCGGCCAAGAGUGCAAAAGUCCGAGGGUGAUAGUGGAAGCCGCGCAGGAGGUGGAGGAGGACGCUCAAGAGAAGGACCAUUCAUGCAAACUACAAACUGAUGAACAUUAAUGACCUAAAUAAAAAAAAUGAAAAAACACAUUCAUCCACGUCCACAAAUAAUGUUUUUUAUUUUUUGCUGCUUUGUUGUAAUUUAUUAAAUGAAGACACCUUUCUGA